UAUGAACUUGUGUAUGAUUAAGCUGCAGGAAGCAUGAAGAAGGGAAAAGACUGCAAACGGGACGCGGUAUACUCACUCUUUUAGCCUUUUAAUGAGGACGAGUUGCCUUAUGGCUUCUCACAGGGUGACUUUUUCCACCGGGUCACACUUUUUCUAGCAGCGCUCCUUCACUCCUGAGAGUUGUCUUGUUAAUAAAAUCCGGAGCAUUCAGCCUGAACCCCGUGCUGUUUUUCCUCUUUCCACCGUGCGUAAUUAUCUCUCCAGGAUCGAAAAGAAGGCGACAACACAACAACACGAGGACGAGGGAUCAAGACAGACAUAAAAAAAAAUAAUAAAAAAAACAACUGGGGGGGGAAAAUGAAAGCCGUCUUGGAUAUCUGCUGGAUUUUCCUCAUGCUGCACACUCCCGGCGUGCUGUCCUUGUCCACACAUGUAGCAGUAAUCUACCCCCAGGACCCCGUCCUUCGCAUGGGGUCCAAUCUAACCGCCAGCUGUUGGGUUCACUCCGACCUCGGUGUCCACGCCAGCUCUCUGUUCUGGACACUCAAUGGUCAACAGCUGCCUAGCUCCCUGUACCGAGUGCUCAGCCCGACAAACCUCAGUGUGACGCUGGCUGGGCUCAACGCCUCGAGGCAAACGUCCGGUGACAACCUGGUCUGUCACAACCACAAGGGACACAUCUUGGCGGGCUCCUGCCUCUACGUCGGGAUGCCUCCAGAGAAGCCGGUCAAUCUGACCUGCUGGUCCAGGAACACCAAAGACCUGACUUGCAGCUGGGCUCCAGGAGGAAAAGGAGAGACCAACAUUAGCACACAGUACACUCUCAAGUACAAACUCAGAUGGUACGGUAAGGAGAAGGAGUGUGAGGAUUACACUCAUUCGCAGCCGUACUCCUGCAGCAUCACUCGGGACCUGCACCUCUUCACGCCCUAUGAGAUCUGGGUGGAGGCCUCCAAUCAGCUCGGCCAGGCUACCUCUGAUGUCAUCACCCUCGACAUCCUAGACGUGGUGACCACGGACCCUCCAUCAGGUGUGACUGUCAGUCGUGUCGGGCAGUUAGAGGAUCAACUGAGUGUUCGCUGGGAGGCCCCACCCGCUCUCAAGGACUUCCUGUUUCAGGCCAAAUACCAGAUCCGCUACAGACUGGAGGACAGCCAAGACUGGAAGGUGAUGGAUGACGUUGGGAAUCAGACAUCUUGUAGACUGGCUGGACUGAGACCUGGAACAGUGUACUUUGUCCAGGUUCGCUGUAACCCCGUGGGCAUCUACGGCUCUCGCAAAGCUGGGAUCUGGAGUGAGUGGAGCCAUCCUACAGCUGCAUCCACACCCCACAGUGAGCGGUUGAUGUCGGGCUCCUGUGACUCAAAGUCCAGCGGGGACUCCAACUCCACCCUGCGCAGGGAGCUGAAGCAGUUCUUUGGCUGGGUGCGGAAACACGCCUACGGCUGCAGCAGCAUGUCCAUGAAGCUGUACGACCAGUGGAGAGUGCUGAUGCAGAAAUCCCACAAAGCUCGCAACCAGGUAGGUUCUCCAAGGGGAUAAAUCCUAGCACACGCUGGCUUUUCAAGCAGAAAACAACAGAAAAGAACUGAGUGAGUGUGUUUUUGUAUAUGUGUGUGUUUGAGAAAGAGAGAUUGUAUUCUUAUAUGGGAAUUAUAGGACAUUUUGCUCUGGACAUUUUGUGCGAAUACCAGCUGUGGCCGGAGAGAAAGGACAUCCAACGAGAAGCUGUGAGAUUAUCCUCUUUUAGGCGUCUUUUCCAGUUGACAUGAGCAAUUUUUUUUGUCUGAAAAGGUGCAACUGGGAGGAACUGAAAGGUGGAUUUGCCAUGGACAUCCUGGUAUCAUUAUUAGAAAGUGACCAUGCGGACUAUUCUGCUUUCUCAAAGGACGUUGUAGCAUGAAUAACUUGGGCAUCAGUAAAGACAUUUGUCAUGUACCUGCUCUAAAUGUGCACAGAGGUGAUCAAUACAGAUUCAAACUAACUAGAAGUGUUGCCCCGAGCAUCUAAAAGUAUUCUGUGACCUUUUUUUGAGUUUCUCCUGUGGAUCCAAAGCACCAUCUAGUGGCUGUUCGGAGUCCAUGGACACUGUGCUCCUGAUGUAAAAAGAAAAAGUAUCAAAUUAUCAUACAGUAUUUUCUAAUUCAUGCUUUGUUAUAUAAAUGGAUAAUGUGCCAAACUGGUUCACCCAGCGUUCAUGUGUUUCUGAGCGACAGUAUGUGACUGAUGACAUGAUGGUGUUUGUGUAUGGAGACGUUUCACUGCCUUUAUUUUUGUACUGAAUUGUACCAGCAUAUUUAAAACUGUAUAAAGUUAUGUUUUAUUUCUUAAGUUAUGUUUAGUUAGUAAAGAAAUAUCAAUGACUGAA